AUGGAUGAAAGUAAUCGUCAUCAACAACAACAGACACAGCAAGUCCAACAGCAGUUCAUACGAUCGCAAGAUAGUUUUCAAGGAUCCGGAAAUUCAGCGCAUAAUGUCAGUGGCACUGUGCAUGAAUCUGGAAUCAGUGAGCUUGGAUCUGUAUCAUCGUUACCGGAAAUCCAUCGAAAUGAAUCAGUUGAAGUUGUGGAUCUUCUUGAGGAGCUUCUUCGUAAAGUUGAAGUUGGAAAUUCGGAUCAUCGACAACAAACUGAUGCAUCGUCAAAAAUAGCGAACACUCAAGCAGAACCACUACCAUUGGAGCCAUCAAAAACAGAACGAGAACCUGAUAAAAGCAAUACUGCCAGCAGCUUCGUCUCCACAGCUAACGAGCUUCGCGAAGAAAAAAGAAACGAGAAGAUAUUCCGAAAGGGGACUGCGUUUCUUUUGCAAAUGAUGAGAGAAGAGAAUCAACGAGAUGCGCAAAAAUCCGUGCCGAAAGGCCAAGGAACUCCGAAAAGUGAUAGUUCAAAUUCGAACUUCACUGACAAGAAGGAGCAGUCGUCUCGAGCAUAUGAGAAUUCGAGACGCGAUGACAUCUCGUUAACAACAAAGCACCGAGCAAGACCGAAUGAUGCUGAGGACGUUGUUGUUGCGGUGAAACGAUCUAAACUGUCGUUGGAUUUCGAGAAGAUGACUCUUUUACAACGUGAAAGUGCAGUAUUCAACGAUACGAAAUACAAACAAACGUUCGGAUUUUCGUUUCCGGGCAACAUUUGCAAUAAUUAUGUACGAUGUUGUAAGUGGAGUGCGAGUGGUGAGUACUUGUUGACGUCGAGUCAAGAUCGUUUGGUUCGGGUGUUCCAGCUGAACGACACUCAGAAGCAGGUAGGGUGCGAUAUGAUGCGAUUGUUAUACAAUUCAUUGAGUUACUUCUGCUUUUGA